AGCACUUUAACUCACACAGAGUUCAGACAUGCCGUCAGUGGGACUGGAGAUACUUGGAGUGCUUCUGGCUGUCCUGGGAUGGAUCUCGGCCAUUGCGUCCUGCGCCUUGCCCAUGUGGAGAGUGUCGGCCUUCAUUGGGGUGAACAUCGUCACGGCGCAGACCACCUGGGAAGGCAUCUGGAUGAACUGCGUGGUCCAGAGCACGGGUCAGAUGCAGUGUAAAAUCCACGACUCCAUGUUGGCUCUAACCGCAGAUCUCCAGGCCGCUCGCGCCCUCACCAUCAUCUCCAUCUUGGUGGGCAUCGUGGGAGUAAUGGUGGCCAUGAUGGGGGCGAAAUGCACCAACUGUGUGGACGACGAGUCGGCCAAGGCUCGCGUGAUGAUAGCCGCCGGGGUGUCAUUCAUCCUGGCUUCCGUGACCCAGAUGAUUCCCGUGUCGUGGUCCGCCCAUACCAUCAUCAUGGAGUUCUACAGUCCGAUCAUACCCGAGGCACAGAAGAGGGAGAUCGGUGGGGCUCUGUACCUGGGCUGGGCUGCAGCCGCAUUUCUGCUCAUUGGAGGGGGCAUUCUCUGCUCCAGUUGCCCCCAGCAACCCGAGAAAAGGUAUGGGCCCCCAUCAAAGAUGAUGUACUCCCAACAAACUAGGUCGCUCGCCCCAAGUGGCUACGAUAGGAGAGACUAUGUCUGAGCUCGCACCUGCUGUUUUCUCACACCGCAGCCAUCGUGGAAAAGACUUCUCAGAGAGAGCUGGAGAGGACGGUCGUUUUUCUUACAGCAUAAUGUUUCUUUUGAGAUGGAGAAAACUCCGAUAUUCAUGCCACCAUAUAAUGUUUGCUCUUUAGAACGGAGCCCACACCAGACUGGUUUUCCUGUG